AUGGCCAGCAUUGGGCUGGGAUCCCUGGAGAGUCGUCCGCCUGGCUUAAGGUUGCAGUCACGUGUUUUCGUAUUUGAGAAAGAUUCCAACACGGUGCAGUUGCUAACAAAUUCCAUUGGAGGGUCUCUCCUGGUGUGGACACUAGCGAUCCAGUUGCUCCCGCCAGGAAGCGGAGUGCACGCCACCAACGUCACCAAAAACUGCAAACUCAACUUUGAGUCAGAGUCUGAACGGAAAGACCUCCAACGAAUAGAGCCGCUCGGCCACAGGAACUUUUCAGCAGAAUUCAUUAUCGGAGACGACAAGUACACAUACGUGUUUCAGUUAUGCGGCGAUGCGGGCGGCGUUCCCGGAGCUGGUAUAAUUCAAGUGAAAGCCCAGAAAACGGAGCAGAGCACAGAGAAGAGUGUAACCAUCAUUGGCUUGUACAAUGCAACAGAAGUCAUUGGAGGAACCGACUUUGUGUGGCUGGCCUACGGCAACGGAGAAAAAUAUGACAACCACUGCUCACAAGAACAGAGGAAAGCCUUUGUAAUGAUUUUUUGCAACCGGAAUAUCGACGUGAGUCAACUCGUAGUGGUGCAGGAGAACAGAGAACGGAAGCAGAACUGCUUCUACCUGUUCAAACUGGAGUCCAGUGCCGUAUGCCCUCCUUUGGAAUACAAGCUUAGCGCCGGCUCUAUCAUACUCAUCAUCGGGUUCUGCCUAGUGGCUGUUUACCUCAUCGUAGGGUUCCUCUACCAGCGACUCAUCGUCGGGGCCAAAGGCAUGGAGCAGUUUCCCAACUACGCUUUCUGGGUUGAGGUCGGCAAUCUCUCUGCCGACGGCUGCGACUUUGUGUGCCGCUCGCGGGAUCGAGACGACGCCCCGGCUUACAGGGGAGUGUCGACGGAGCCUUUGGACGAGGAGCCGGAAGAGCGAGAUGACCACUUAUUGCCAAUGUGA